GUGGGCGGCACAGCAGGCGGGCAAGGGCGAGAAGGCGGGUAUGGAUGCUGCCCGCGCGCAGAUGAGGACGUGGUGGAUGGAGCAGCAGCAGGCCAAGGCCAUGGAUGCGGCGCGCGCAGCCAUGCGGCAGUGGUGGGCGGAGCAGCAGCAAGGCAAGGCCAUGGAUGCAGGUCGUGCGGAGAUGAGGCAAUGGUGGGUGCAGCAGCAGCAGGGCAAGGCCAUGGAUGCAGCGCGCGCAGAGAUGAGGCAAUGGUGGGUGCAGCAGCAGCAGGGCAAGGCCAUGGAUGCAGCGCGCGCAGAGAUGAGGCAAUGGUGGGUGCAGCAGCAGCAGGGCAAGGCCAUGGAUGCAGCGCGAGCAGAGAUGAGGCAAUGGUGGAUGGCGCAGUUGGCGGCGAAACGGGCGGCGGUGGAGGAUGAGUCGCGCGCCCAGCUCAACGCAUGGUGGGUGCCCUGGGGGUUGCGUGGGGUGGUGUAUGGUGAGGUGCAUGGGGGGGUGCAUGGGGGGUGCAUGGGGGGUGCAUGGGGGGUGCAUGGGGGGUGCAUGGGGGGUGCAUGGGGGGUGCAUGGGGGGUGCAUGGGGGGUGCAUGGGGGGUGCAUGGGGCGGUGGGCAAGUGGAGGGCGGUGCUGGGGGAGGCGGAGCAGCAGGCGGAGGAGGCGAGGCUGGAGGCCAUGGAGGCCGGCAGGGCGGAGAUGCGCCAGUGGUGGACGAAUCAGCUGGAGGAGAAGGCAGUGAAGCUGGCAGAGCAGGCAGCGGCAGCAGUGGAGGCGGAGGCAGCCAUGUAUGUGGCGGCUGCGGCUGAUUUUGGUGGCGGGGAGGAGGGCGACCUGAGUGAGGACGAGCUCAUCGCCUCCGAUGAUGAGGAGCAGAUGGAGGUGGCGGCGCGCAUGGUGGAUCUGAGCGACAUGGAGCGCGCCGUCAUCGAGCGCGAGAUGACCCGCUACCGCGCCAGGCGCGAGGCCAAGCGCGCCUUCUGGGAGCGCGAUGUGCAGCGCGCCAUGGACCGCAACCGCAAGGCCAUGCGUGAAUGGUGGUUGCAGCAGUGGGGGGCGAAGCAGAGGGCCAAUGGGUGGGGCGACAAUCCGCCUGUGUGGCGCCUCAAGCUCACCGCAGGCAGCGCGGACACGCCAGGUGGCAGCACGGCAUUGGAGGACGUGGAGGUGUCGGGCAAGGGCGUGACGCUGGGCCUGCUCCCCCAGCCGGAGGACGGCUCGCGACCCAUCGAGCUGCACCUCAAGGGGGUGUCGUUCGCGCACGCGGUGGUGUACGGCAAGGACAAGUACAUGGGGUUCGGCAGCUACAAGCGCGAGUACUUCAUCGCUGACAUCGGCUCCACCACCGGCACCUUCCUCAACGGCAAGCUGCUGGGGGUGAAUGCGCCGCGCAAGCUGGCCAGUGGUGAUGUCAUCAAGCUGGGCCCUGAGGUUGAGUUCGUGGUGACUGACCCCUCUCUCUCGCCCUGA